UCCAUUGUAUUUAGAAAUGGAUUCUAGUCGUUCAUCAAGCAACCGAGCUUCGAACUCAUCUGCUUCGCUAAGUGCCAAUAGUUUGCCUUCCCAAAAGGCGGACCAGACGGCGGCAGCAGCCGCGUCACUGAACUUGUUGUUGCGUGAAGAUCGUCUCCUGGUGAUCCAUGGUUUGACCGAAUCGGGUACUCAGCCUGACAAGGUGGCCUUUCCGUACGCGGCGGCACUUUUAGCAGACGGAGAUGAUAGCAAUACUGUCAAUACGAAACAACGUGCUGAUGGAGCGUUGCAGGAUGUCGAGCGGAAACUAGCUUUGGUCGAGAGCCUUGCCGUGAAACUCAGUCGCACCAGCCCUGAGGCCGUUGCAGGCCAUCUACUCAGAUUGCAUGGAUAUCAUCUUCCUAAAGAGGGCCUUAAAGAAGAUAAGCCAUCCAGCACGACGCUAUCAGCGGUUAGAGACAAAGCUGAUCGCCUGGAACGGCAAUCCGAAGUUCUGGAGAAUGUAGCUCGACGAGUGGAGGGAUCAUUGUCACGGGGCUUGAAACGUAUGGAGACUGCGUGUACUCGUCUUGAACGGGUUCUGUCACUGAGCAAUACGCUAAAAAUGAUACUGAGACUUCAGUUCGAAAAUAGCAAGUUGCAAAAUUACGAUCUGGAGGACUUACGUGACCUGACUCGUGCCGCCGCCAGCGUCUCGGUAGUCGAGGAUUUGCUGAAGCGCUCUGAACUACAAGCCUCGAUUGAAGCCAUACAAAAGAUACGCCCCGAGGUCGAACGCACUGCAACUGAUGUACGCCAAUCAGCCGCUAUGCUGUUGCAGGAUCAGUAUCAUCAAAAAAAUGCUAUUCAUCAGCUGGGCGGUACUCUUCAAGUGUAUUACCAUUUAGGAGAAUUACCGGGGGCCGUUUGGAAAGUAGUGGAAAACGCGCACGGUAAAGCAGAAUCUACAUCUCGAGAUUUAUGGAACGCAUUGACCCUAAUGAAUUUGACAGAACAGGCCAAAAAGACAGCCAAAGAUAGCCGGUCCGUGGAAAAGAAGCUCAAGCAAAUGCGGGCAGAAGCUGCAUCUCAAUGGGCGAAUGGUAUCUACGACGUGUCAACACAGGUGCGAAAUUUACAGCGAGUGCUUAUGCGCAAAAGCGAUCCAAUACAGCGCCAAUUUUUUGUGGACGUCGUGGCCGCCGCAUCAAUUCCAGCCGCCUUCAGAGAUUCGUCUCUCGGAAAAGACUUUUCUUUGUUUGGUCUAUUUUGGGGGCGCUUUUGCAAAUCCCUGGGAAUUAUUUUGGAAGAUAUUUUGCAACAGGACAAUGGAAAACAUCGCUCGGACGUCGCAAGCCUGUAUCCGUCUGUGCGUAGCGUUUCGAACGACAUGUUGAGCACUUUGCAGGAUAAUUUGAAUGCAGGCAAUUCAGCAUUGGAGGACCUUGGAACUGCUGCAACCCCAGGUAUUCUCGGAGGAUCUGCUCUCUUAGAUGACACAUUUCUGGACUGGACAACGGGCCAGUUCGAUGUAGAGGAGAAUCCGCAAUCUGCCACCACACCUGAUUCCUGGACCCAUACUACUCAACGCAGCGCAUCGGCGAAACACCCUUCGCAACGUUUUUCGGCCUCAGGUGGGACAGGCUCUGCUACGAUGUCUCAAAUAUAUCAAUCGAUGGAGUGGAAUACUUUACAGGGAGAUAAGAAGGGACGCCAUGGGCUUUAUCCAUUACAACAAGCAUUUAUUGAAGCCUGUACGGACAGGCUAUGUUCUCCACUUCAAUUCAUGUUCCCAGAAAACGUUGCUCUUGACGACGACGGUGUCGCCAUUGCUUCCGGGCUCAGUAUGUUGCCCAGCAAGUACGAUAUUCAACGCUUUGACGAAAACAUCCGUCAGGAAAUUUCGUUGGCUGACCCGAAAGAAGGCGGCGGUGAUCUAAGCAGUGUUACUAUGAUAGCCAACUGUGUCGUGUCUAUGAUUUCAGAGCUCUGCCUCCGAGCAAAGAAUGCGUUGAGUGGUAUUGGAGAAUCAGGAUAUCUGAAUAGUGAUUGGUCAAUGACGGAAUCGCUGAAGCAUGAUCGAAAGGUGACAGUGAUUCUUUUCACUGUGGCAAAUUACUUGCGUAUCGCGCCUGAUACAGUGUUUUUGGCACCAUACCGUCCGUCCAUUUCAUUGCAACAAGAAGAAGCAGCGAGCGUCUGCCAAGUCGCACUGCAACCGGCUCUCAAGGAGAUUGAGAAAAUGGUUAAAAAUUCUGUGACCUCACCUUUAGGACGAGCAAUCAAUAAGCGAAUUGGUGACACCAUGGCAAAAAUGCAUCAAGGUGUCUAUCUUGGUAGCAAUGUGGGUAUCGACGAAGACUCCCCUGCCUUUGUGCAGAAACACUUGAACGGCAUUUACGAAAUCAUUUCGAAAGAAAUUCUUUCGAAGUUGCCUCCAGAAUAUGGGUCGGCUGUGGCGACAUCUGUGGCAAUGUUUUCGAUCUAUAAUUUUGUGUCAAAUUUUACUCUGCUUCGACCUUUGGGUGAAUCGGCUCGUCUGCAUAUUACGCAGGACUUGGCCGACCUUGAGCUUGCACUGGAACAGCUCAUGUUGAAGAGCGGAAAUUCUGUUUCUUUGCAUUUUAUUGGAAACGGCAAGCCGUACUUGGAACUCCGUGCCGUUCGCCAAAUGCUGUUUUGGACGGGGUUGGACAGCGCUGAUAAACAAGCCGUGGAUGUCGCCAAAAGCUUGUUGCGCGAACCGUGGAUGAAGGAUGUACGUCCGUCAACUAUCUUUCACUAUUUGUACUCGUACGCGCCUUCGUUUUUGUCAUCCCCAUACCAUACGAGACGUAUGAAGCCAGAAGCUUACGUUCGGUUGUUGGUGAAGCCAGAUGGCUCCGUAGAGGAGACAGAAGACGAUGCUUGGAUGACAGUUAUGGCGAGCUGCGAUGCUUACCAACAAAGAGCAAGCUCUGGAGGCUCAAAUAUGGAUGGAGACAUUCGAGUGGCUGAAAAGCUUUUGACUAUGGGACCGGAUGUUAUGCGUCGGCGAGGACAUUAGAUGUAAAUGUCUCAUCCCUCCUGGUGCUUAUUGGUUUAUUUAAACUAGUUCGUCUUGUGUUCAUUG